CAGUUGAUACUUGUCACUUGUCGCGUUUGGUUUAGUAAUUUAAAAGUAAUCGGAGAAAGAUAGCGCGUAUUAUUUUAUUGCAAAAUUAUUUUAUAAAACUUAUAUAAAUUUUGGCUCUCUACAGAUUGAAUCCAUCAUUUAUAAUACAAACUCAAUGCAAUCAAUUACAAGUGGCAAAAACUAAAAAACAUUUUUUUUAUUAAAAUUUGUUAGCACAUUUACUACAAAAAGACAAAUUCUAAUUGGAAAUCUUUCCAAGUGUUAAAAGAAAGCGGCAAAAAAGUUUUUUUUUUUUUUGAAAAAUUGCCAACACACAAAUUUUAAGUUAUGCGAAAUUCUAUAGAAAUUGAUGAAUAGGAAGAGCAAUAAAGCAAAAGAAGAAAUAGUUUUAAUAAAUUGAGUGUUAAACAAGAGAAAACUAAAAAAUAAGUUAAUAGAAAAAGGCAGCUAAAAAGCAAACAAUACAAAAAGGAAUUUAUGCUUCUCUAUAAACGUCACUAGUUGCUGUUUCUGUUUUGUGAUGCAAAUUCUUGUGCAUAAAUUUCUAAAUAGUUGUUGAAAGUGGAAUAAUAAGAAAAAUUAACUAAAACGAAUUGAAGAUAAACAAUUUCGUUUGCAAAGUCGAUAGAUAAAUAAAUAACGGAUUUUUGCAAAAUUUGGUGUUGCUUUAAAGAUUUGUUAUUGUGCAAAGAAAACAAAAAGUUGCAACGUGAAUGUCUUCCACAAAUAAUCAAAGACAAAAAGCUUCCUCACAGUAUCCCACGUAUCAGCCGAUACCACAAACUGUUGGCAGUAGCAUGGAUAAUCCAGCCAUGACUCGCAGCACCAGUAGUGCGGACGAUUCUUUGGAUCGUACUGGUGCCGGCACUCUACCCUCCACAUAUUCAUCACAACAACUUAUGCCGCCUUCGGAUAGUGACAGUGUUGAAGAAGGUGACAGAUUGGGUGGUGGGACAACACCAACAACGAAUUGUGCUCCAGGAACUGUGCGCUGUAUUACACGCAGUCAAUGGUUCACAGUCGGCGUUUUAUGUUUUGUUAAUCUAAUUAACUACAUGGAUCGCUUUACAAUAGCUGGUGUAUUGGAAGAUAUACAAAGCGAUUUCGGCAUCGGUGAUGACGAUGCAGGUCUUUUACAGACAGUAUUUGUUUUAUCCUACAUGGUGUGUGCACCUAUAUUUGGCUAUUUAGGUGACCGGUACUCAAGGCGAUGGAUAAUGGCUAUCGGUGUGCUGCUGUGGUCUACCACCACUUUGCUGGGAUCGUUUAUGAACAAUUUCGGCUGGUUUAUAACAUUCCGAGCUUUAGUGGGAAUUGGUGAAGCUUCUUAUAGUACCAUAGCACCUACAAUAAUUUCGGAUUUAUUUGUGCAUGAUUUACGUUCAAAAAUGUUGGCAGUAUUUUAUUUCGCCAUACCAGUCGGUUCAGGUUUUGGUUAUAUUGUGGGUUCGGAAACAGCUCAUUUGGCCGGUAAUUGGCGUUGGGCUUUACGUGUUACACCUAUUUUGGGAAUUGCUGCUGUGAUAUUCAUUUGGUUGAUCAAAGAUCCCGAACGUGGUGAAAGUGAAGGAUCUCACAACUUGUCCACUACCACCUACGGAGAGGAUGUAAAAUAUUUAAUGAAAAAUAAGUCGUUCAUGUUAUCAACGGCAGGUUUUACAUGUGUAGCUUUUGUGGCUGGUGCUUUGGCCUGGUGGGCACCCAAAUUCAUUUUCCUCGGUCUUAAAAUGCAACCUGGCAAUGAAAAUCUAAUACAAAAUGAUGUAUCCUUCAAAUUUGGUGCCAUAACAAUGGUAGCUGGUAUAAUUGGCGUACCUUUAGGCUCAAUAUUGUCACAAAAAAUGGCUAAACGUUUUCCCACCGCCGAUCCUUUAAUCUGUGCCUUUGGAUUAAUAUUCAGUGUGCCCCUAUUGACGGGUGCCAUGAUUAUAGUCACACAAAAUAGUGUUUCCACAUAUGUUUUAAUAUUUUUGGGACAAUUGUCAUUAAAUAUGAAUUGGGCCAUUGUUGCUGAUAUUUUGCUGUAUGUGGUUGUUCCAACACGCAGAUCAACAGCUGAAGCAUUCCAAAUCUUAAUAUCACAUGCGUUGGGUGACGCUGGUAGUCCGUACUUGGUUGGAGUGCUUUCUGAAGCAAUUAAAAAACAUUUACGCACAACUGCCCACAGAGCCUCGGAAUUAGUAAGCAGUGGUAGCUUAGAAAGUUUGUCUUUAACAUUGGGUGAAGUUUUCAAUUCAACAACAACGACAACAGAAGCAUCAACAUUAAUUGUGCCCUCAACAACACUGUCAAUGCAGUCACAAAAUUUGGCUUUAACAGAGGAUACUGAUUUAAUCAAAUUCGAAGCUUUACAAUAUUCUCUUUUCUCAACCAGUUUCGUUGAGGUUAUUGGUGGUAUUUUCUUCCUCAUAACUGCCGCCUUUAUUAUUAAGGAUAAGAACAAAGCUAGUCAAGCUAUUCGUGAAGGUCAUCAAGCUGUGCCAGUUACUCCUGUUGACAUCAAUGAAAUUUCAUAAAUUUCAGUUUGACAACAAACCAAUUUUGAAUAAGAAUUCAAAACAAAGAAUUUGAUCAUUUUCAAGUGUACAUUUGAAUGGUAGAAUGUAUGCUGGAAUAUUGAUUUCGACUGAUGAAAAUAUUAUAUAAUUAUAUAUAUACAAACAUAUAACGAUAACAAAACAAACAAAAACAAAUCAAAAUCAUUAAUUAUGGAUUAAGUUAAAAUUUCAUUGUUUUAACAUACUUUUUUUCUACUCAUCUUGUGCUGCAUCAUCAAAUGGGAUACUUAAACACAUCUGAAUUUGUAUUGUAAAUUAUUAAGUAAUCACAUGAAAUCGUUAUGAAAUCCUAUAUUGAUUAGACACAACAUAAUGAGCUUUAACUGGUAGAUAAAGUUAAAAAAACACAGAAUGUUCGAGUGUGCCUCCGGUGCCUGUUCCUAAAAUGCAACAAAAACCUAUUGUUAGGAAGAAAAAGCGUAAGAACUAAAUGAAUGAAUAGAAAUACCUACCUUACUCUACCUACCCCCGCAUCAUCAUCAUCAUAUAUCUCCACACAUUUCUAAUUUUAAUUUAUCUCAAUUUAAUUUAAUUAUUUUUUACUAUUCUAAUUUUAAUUAAUAGUAUUUUUUAUUGUUAUUUUACAAAUCUUCUUGCUAUAUUUUUUCUUAUUAUUAUUUUUAUUAUGUCUAAUAGUCAUAGUUGGAGUAAGAGAAAAAAUCUGUUAGUAUUAAUUAUAAAUAUUUGCCAGAUAACACAGA